AUGGCAAGUAAAUAUUCUGGAUUUUUAAAAGUGUUUAUUAUAUACCACUUCGUUUUUAUCACUUUACUUGUUCAUACAAUCAGUGGAUACACUUGUAAUCCUGGGACUGGAGAAAUUUUACUUCGAAGCUCCGCACUCAGUUCAAUGGAGAAACGAACAGAAAACGAUAUGACAUUCUACAGUAACAACAAACUAGAGAAAAAUACGCAGUCAGUAAAACAAGGCAUAUUCACCUCACCACAAUGGCCUAAACCUUAUGAAUCUGGGACACGUUGUGUAUAUCGUUUUAUAGCGGAUGUUGGUGAGAAAGUUCAUAUCAAGUUUGAUCACUUUGUAUUAUCAGGCGAUAUGCCAAGUUGUUCAUUCGACUUCUUGGAUGUGUAUAUUGAUGUUGCUUCGUCAACUUUAGAUCUAGAUAAACAAGCUGCACUACUUUCAGAAGCCUCAUCAUCCUCAUCAUCCUCAUCGUCCUCCUCAUCAUCAUCGCCCAAUGAACUACAUACAACAACACCAUUUUCAGCGGCUGCUUAUUCUUCCGUAUUAGAUAAAUCAGAUUUAUUGGGUCGAUACUGUGGUGAUUAUCUAUCAACCAAUCCUAUCACAUUUAUUAGUUUACACAGAGAGAUCGUACUGGAUUUUUAUUCAGAGUUAGGAAAAAUUGCAAUUCCUCGAUUUACAACAGGCAAAUUUUCUGUUUUUGGUUUCAACGGAACAUUUGAAUUUAUAAAUGAUGAUGCAUUUUAUCCUGGUAAGGCUGUUUCCUUUUCCGAAUUGUAUAUACCAUCAGAAGAUGACAUUAUUACGAAUGCUGGUAUUGUCACUACUGCCCCAUCUAUCACUAGUAGCAACUGUCGGUUUCGUAUUGAAGCAAAUCAAAUUUUCAAACCUAACAUAAACGGAGAUAUGAGUCAACUGGAUGAAUUAUCAGGUGAAUUAGUUUCACCUACCUAUCCAGGUUACCAACCUAACAAUCUUAUUUGUGCAUAUCAGUUAAUUGGGCUUCCAUAUCAGCGAAUUAGUCUGGAUAUUUUGGACAUAGAUUUAUACUCAGGAUCACCAGGAUGUCCAAAAGAUUAUAUUCAAUUCUAUGAUGGCAUUCAAAUAGACAAUACUAGCAUAAAUCGAAAUUCUAUUGGUCAGCGAAUAUGUGAUCAGUCAGAUAUUAUUCAUAUUGUAUCAACUGGACCAAGUUUAGUGAUACUAUUUGUAACUGGUCAGAUUCAAUCUUUAGAUUAUGUGAAUAACAAAAAGGAUAAUACUGUGAUAAAUGCAUUAAAUAUAACACGUCGGGGUUUUCGACUACGUUAUACAUUCAAUAAAAAUUUAUUACCUGUCAGUGAAAUACCCGGAGGUGAACAUGUCCGUGGAACAGAAUGUGAUUAUGUGAUAAAGAGCCAAGAUUCUUUGGAAAAACAGUUUGAAUCACCUACAAUGAAUAAUAAUUUCGUAUUAGCUCCAAACAGAGUAUGCAAUUUCAUAUUUAUCGGAGACCAAUUCAAACAAUACAUUGAAAGUGUAUCCAUUGGAUUUGAACGAAUCGAAUUACCAAAGUCAAGUGAAGGAAGUCAAAUAUGUGAUCGUGGACACAUGGCAGUUUAUGGUAGUAGAUUGUUAACUGGUGAGCAAAUAAUCAAAAAACCAAUCUAUGAAUAUUCACAUGAAAUACUUCAGUCUAAUAAAGAACCCGAUCAUGUGUUCUGUGAUAGAUCAAAUGAAUUAGAUUUACUCAAACUAGGAUCAGGCCCUCAAAGUCAUUAUUAUCCAAUCGUCGGACGACAUAAUGUUCUACUGGUGAGAUUUAAUUCAACAGGAGCCGACCUUCCCGGUUUAAAUAUGAAGUUUAUUUUGAGUUACAGGUUUAAAAAGGAUUUUGGUAUUCCCGGUACAAUGAUUAAUCCUGAAAGUUGUCAGUUUAUGUAUGUACAUCCAUCAGAGUCAACAACAUCUGUUAUUUCGAUGUCAUCAUCUUCAUCGUCAUCCACAUCUAUCUCAAAAGAGAAUAAAACAAAUUUCAAAGGAUGGACUAAUUCACCUCUCUACCCAAAUAAUUAUCCGUUUAAUUCAGAUUGUUUGUAUAUAAUUACACCACAAAAUGAAUUUGCUGUAGACCAAUCCAUACGUUUAGUUUUCGAAACAUUCACAACUACCUAUCGCACCCAGUCGAAAGCAUCAGUUGAAAACCAAUCAGAAUCGGAAAAAUUUCAAAAUUGUCAUCAGGAUUUCCUUGAAAUAAUUCAAUUAUACAUUCCAUUAAAAGAAGAAGUAACGAGUGCACUGACUUCACGUGUCAACUAUCCACUAUUACUUGAAGUAUCGUAUGAUGUAUGGAUACAACGUUGGCAUAAUUUAGAGAAAGAACUACAAAUUUAUUUAGGUACAAAUCAGCAUAUACUAGAACCUAUAAGCAUAUACUGUGGGAAAUAUAUACCUGGUCCAAUAGUCUCAGAUUUAACUGCUACUGCCAUUUUAAUGAGAUUUCACAGUGGGCAAAAUACAACUUCAAAGGGAUUUACGUUAAGUUAUGAAUUUCUACCAAAACUACAGCUUAACCCAGUGAAAUCAAAAGUUGUUGAUAAACCAGUGAACAAUAAUGACAAUGAUAUUGAUGACAAGCAUUCAGCUAAAGCUGUUAGCAGCGGUUUGAUCACAUCACCGAACUUUCCUAAUUUAUAUACGAAGGAUUACAAUUAUGAAUGGUAUAUUCAAGGAACUACAGAGAAAAGUCACAUUCAACUAUAUUUUAAUUCAUUCGAUUUAGAAGGUUCCCAAUCGAAUUGUUCAAGAGCAGUUCUUCGAGUAUAUGAAGGUUAUAACGCGCAUAGUUCAUAUGAAUUUUGUGGAAAUCGCAAUGAACUUUUGCCUAUCAUUAUAACGAAUUCUGUAGCACGAAUAAAAAUGCACACAGCAACGGAUGCAUCCGGUUCAAAAGGAUUCGAGUUAAUUUGGACUGAUUUACUGCCAAUAGACCCUGAAACUGGCUGUAAGGGUUUCCUCUGUGAAAAUACUGGUCAUUGUUUAUACAAAGAUUUAGAAUGUAAUGAAGUUCCUAAUUGUGGGAUGUAUCAAAAGGAUGGAAAAUGGUUGAAGGAUGAAUCAGAUGAAGCAGGCUGUUCAUUGGGACUGAGUUACAAUUUAGCCCAUAUUGGUACAGGUAUUCUACUCGCUUUAAUUCUACUUCUUGCGAUAGCCUGUUUCAUUUAUUAUCGUGAAUAUAAACGCCGAAAACAUAUGCCACUGGAUCCUCUAACAGAAUUAACUGGUUCAAAGCCUUCACUAUCAUUCAAUCAACCCUCCCAUAGAACAAUGGCACAUUGUCCAAAUAAAAAACAACUACAUAAGUAUCAUAAUUCACAGAGUACAGGACUGUUAUCCGAUUUGUCAGCUGAGAAAGAAAUUAUUUUUACAGAUAUUGGUCCAAUAAAGAAACAUCCACAUCAGCAUCAUUAUCAUUAUCAUCAGCAUCAUCAUUUAUUGCAUUCACACCAGUUACCAUCACAUGCUCAUUCUCAUCGAGAUCAUCACCACAGUAAUGACAAAAAGAUGACUGAACAAAGGGGACACUCCCAUUUAAUUAAUGAAUCAUAUGACUGUCAUGGUUCACACUUUCUGUUGGACAGCCAACACGACUAUUGUCAUUCGAUUAGAUUAAAUAAUAAAAUACAACACAGGACAGCAUCACAUUCGGGAUCAUUAGCCAGAAAUGGCGGUGGUACAGUAAUAUCAGAUUCUGUACAUAGUUGUGGUGUUAGUAAUAAUAAUACAAGUGGUUUGAUCGUUGGAACUGGAGCAAAUUUGUCAACAGCCACCGACGGUGGGUUACUUAUCAGAGAGAAAAUGCAAAAAAUAUCGAUAGUUUAA